AUAUUGUUUCAGUCACAGUCACAACUGAAAGUUAUUUUGAGGCCAUUUGCAUUUUUGGUUAAAAGUGAAUGUCAAAAAAGUUCAUAAAGUUUAUGAAAUGUUUAUGACUUUUAAUAUAUAAAUGUGUACAGAAAUGAAAUUACUUUGGAUGAAUGUUUGCUUUUCUAGUUUUUGCUAAAGGAUAAGUCACAAAUUUGAUUUGGAAAUAUUCUUUAAAUGUGACUGGUUUUUAAUAAAACUAAUUUAUUUAGUUGGUGCAUUCAUUGUCUAAUUGGUGUUGGCAAAUAUAAUCGCAAGUGCAAAAAUACAAAGUCACUGCAAGGUAAUAAUGCUCAGUCAUCACCCAACUGACCAAGUAUACAUAAGGUGCAUUUCUGAGGUCAUAGGCGUGACCUUAUUUAAAAACCUCUUGGAAAUAACAGUUCCUGCCCAUAUUGGACUCUGCUGUUUAGCCUGCCGUCUUUCAUUGGCAAAUGGCCUAAACUAGCACACCAUGCAGUUGACUAUAAAAUCGGACGUGACUCAUUGAUCAUCUUGUCUGGCCCUAUGGAUUGGACAUUAGUUAAUUACUUUGCCAAACUUCAUAAAAUCAAGCAUCCUUAUGCUGUUGCAAACUGGUAGGAAUACAAGCCAAUCUCCAUUCUUCAAAUACAGGUAAACGCGGCGUAAUUUACCGUGCCGAACCACUGGGAAGAGCAUGUGCUCCUAGGGGUUAUAUUGAUGAAUAUGUGACUUUAUUUGUGAGCACCUUGUACUGUACAGUGCUGUCAACAACUGCAUUAUAAAAUCACCCCCCAGGCUAUUGUCCAGUUGGGUCCAGGUCGAUCUCAUCCUUCUAUAAACUGCACGAUGGAUCAUCAGCACAUUCACAUUAGCCAUCUCCACAGGCAGGACAGUGUUUGUUCAUUUUGUGGCCACUUUUUCACUGGUGCAGUGCUGAGAUUCCAUCUAGUCUAUUUAAAAGACUUUUUGGUGACAAUUUAUAACAGAAAACAUCACUGCGUUCUUUAUCGUUCUUUUAAAAAAAAUGAAACUUUGAGAACCUUGUUUAGAUCAGUCCUUCUCCCUCCUUUUCCGUGCAAAAUAUGUAGCUCUGAAGAUGGGGGACUGGAAUUUGCUAGGAAGCAUCUUGGAAGAAGUCCAUAUUCACUCCACCAUAGUGGGGAAGAUCUGGUUGACCAUCCUUUUCAUAUUCAGGAUGCUUCUCCUUGGUGUGGCCGCUGAGGACGUUUGGAAUGAUGAGCAAAGCCAGUUCACCUGCAACACAGAGCAGCCCGGCUGCAGUAACGUGUGCUACGACAAAGCCUUUCCGAUCUCACUGAUACGGUACUGGGUGCUUCAGAUCAUUUUCGUCUCUUCGCCAUCGCUGGUGUACAUGGGCCACGCUCUGUACCGCUUAAGGGCUCUUGAAAAAGAAAGGAGGAAGAAAAAGAUUCAGCUGAAGAUCGAGCUGGAGGACACGGAUCCCAUUCUGGAGGAGCACAAACGGAUGGAGAGGGAGUUGAGAAAGUUGGAAGAACAGAAGAAAGUAAGCAAGGCACCUUUACGCGGAUCAUUACUGCGCACUUACGUUUUCCAUAUCUUAACUAGAUCGGUGGUGGAGCUGGGAUUUAUACUGGGCCAGUAUGUCCUUUAUGGAAUUGGACUGGAGCCCUUGUACAAAUGUGAAAGAACGCCUUGCCCAAACAGCGUAGACUGCUUUGUUUCUAGACCGACGGAGAAAACAAUAUUCAUGGUGUUUAUGUUAGCGAUUGCCGGUCUUUCCCUGUCUCUCAACAUCCUCGAAAUAUCUCACUUAGGGGUGAAAAAAAUCAGACGAAGUUUAUACGGGAACGGCUGCGCGGGCGAUGACAGCAUCUGUAAACUGAAGAAAAACACAAUGCAACAAGUCGGUGUUCUUACAAGCUCGUCUCCGCAAAAGAUUAUACAAUUAACUACUUACCCAGGGCUGCCGUAUGGGCAGUUGGAGCCUCUUCCAGUGUACAUGCCUUCAUCUGGUCCCCCAGCAGAUAACGAGUCGCUGAAGCCAGACAGCAGCGCUGGGGAUCGUGAUCAUCUGAAGGUCUUCGAUCAGCACCACAGAGAACAGCUACAGCAGUCUAGUCAAGGCGAGAUCCAAGUCCAGCGGAUGUUUGGCGCCUCAGAUCGCCGAAAUACUUUGGAAACCCGAGACCAGUCAUCCAGUAGCGGUGAUUCAAAUGGGGGAAAUGGACCCAGGACACAAGGUUAUCCAGGUCAGGGAGGAGCGCACCCCAAACGAGCAUCUCACUCCAGCCACAUGGAGAUACCUGCGGCCGUCCGUAACGCAGUGCGCAGACAGAGUCGUAUAAGCUGCCACAAGGACUUCGGAGAAGAUCGGAGUGUUUCUCCGGACAGCGGCCACUACCCAUCAACGCGGAAGCCCAGUUUCAUGUCCCGCGAACUGUCCAAGAGCAAGCUGGCCAGCCCACCUGCGAGCCCGGCUUCGGGAAGCGGCUCCGGGUCCGACCCCAAGCGCAUCUCGCAGGCGGAGAGUCCGCCUGCGACUCCGCCCCCGGCGAGUGGAAGGAGGAUGUCAAUGGCAAGUACACAGAAAGCAUAA